AUGUUUAUAUUUAUAAACUUAUUCAUAUUGACAAUAUAUUCACUUGAAGAAUAUGAUUGCGGUCUAAAUGUCCAAACCUUGUGUGCUCCUGGAAUGAAAAUAAGGGAAAAGUAUUAGCCAUAUUUUGGCUUUUGGAAUUUUGAUCUAGAUAAAUUAGUAGAUUCAGGUCCUCAUAAUCACAUUACCAACAUCAAUGAGUUAUCGAGAUCAUCUUCAAUGAUGGGAACUGGGGUAUAUUUCAAAAAGGAUUCUGAAUUUGAAGUCUAAUUUGUUCCCUCAUUUGAAGGUUCAUAAUGGACUGUCAGUUUUUAGAUAAUGUUUGAAGAAAUUGGAAGAAAAAUAAAAGAAGUCGGAAAUAUCCUGACUCUUUUUGAUGAAAUAGAAGAUCAUUAAAAUUCAGUUUCCAUUGUUGUUGAUACCACCAUUCCCACAUUUGCCAUUAAAGAAAAUUCAUAAAGUGUUGCUUCCAACAUGAGGUUGUAGCCUUAAUUAUGGUAUCAAUUGUUCUUGGUGUUAUCAGAUAAAUCAAUUAAACUAUUUGUGAAUGGAAUUGAAUGUGCAAAAUUGCAAUCAGGAAAAGCCAUUAGUUUUAAAAAACUGAAAAUUGGUUUAGAGAAUGAAUUACCCUCAUUCAAUCUAGAUACAUUGAAACUAUUUAACAGAAAGAUAGAGGAAUGGGAAAUUCUGGCAUCAUCUUAAUUAUUUUAAUUGAAUGGAGAUUGGGUGUUAUUGCAUUGUGAAAAUUGUUAAUUUGAAUAGGCGAAAUCAUGCCCUUUUAGUUAUCAUCUUUGCACAACCGUAGAGCUCUAUUCCUUUGGUAUCAAUAUCGCUAAGAAUAUGGGAUGGGGUGUUUGGAAUAACACUAACAUUUGGAGUUCAGAAUCAAAUCCCAACAAAUUCAAAAAUAAAGAGGGACUAGCCUUAUGUUGCAGGGAUCUCGAAUUUGUUUUAAUAUGA